CCACGGUUCCGCGAUAUUUUCCAAACACUUUCUCCCUGUAUUCAAUCCCUAGCCUACUUAACACAACAGCCGGGAAACGAGCAACCGAUCUAUAUACUAAGUAGUCACACACGACAAAUAGCGUGAGGGUUAGUGGCUCUGUUGGUUUGUGUGGGCAGUAGUCGUCGUUUCCUCGCCCUUCUCGGUGACAACUCCGUUGUGACUUUUUAGAAUAACUGCAUUGCAUGAAAAAGUUCACAGAGGUGCGUGUACCACGGACUGAAUCGGAAUGAUUAUAUUACUUGUCUACAGGCCAGUCAUUGCCAAGCCAUGAACAUCCACAUUCACUAUGCUACACAAGAGACCAGUGGGAGAUCGAGAAAUAACAUUUGAACGAACGGUAGGGGUGGUAGGAGGAAAAAAGACGACCUGAGAAAAUUGUUCGAUGAAACGAAAGUAGCCUGUUAUUACAAAAUUUGAACAAGUGCCUUCUCUCCAUUGAUCAGUGUUAUAUUAGUUAGUUUGGCGACUUUCGGUUGCAGUGUAGCCUAUAGUAGCUUUCAUCUCGGCAAAAGGAGAGUGCUCGGAGUCUGUGUAGCUGUAUUUGCGUUAAUGUACCAUCGGCGUAGAACUACUGUUAUGAUGGGUCAAUAAGUUAGGUGGAUGGAGAGAGAAGCUGGAAUGAGAAGGCCCUCGUGUUUGAGUAAGGUUUCAGAGGUCACCAUCCCAUGUCAGGUCCCGAUUGACAGAAUCGUCUUCAUCUCUUAUUUUCUUUGCCUAAGGUCUGAACCAUGAAGUCCGGAGGACGGGGGGUGGAGCCACCCGUGGAGGGGGAGGUGAGUGGCAAGCGGCCGAAGCGCAAGUGUCUGCAGUGGCACCCGCUGCUGUCCAAGAAGACCCUGGACUUCUCUGAGGACGAAGAGGAGGACGAUGAGGAGGAGCUGGAGAAGCAUCCCCCACAGUUCUGCGGAAAAAGCCUGAGCCAGGAGGCCGAGGGCGGGGUCGGCACCGAGGAAGAGGAGGACGACGGGGAGGAGGAAGACUCCUCGUCCGAGCAGCGCGCCCGGCGUCCCAUGAACGCCUUCCUCCUCUUCUGCAAGCGGCACCGCUCGCUGGUCCGGCAGGAGCACCCCCGACUGGACAAUCGCGGGGCCACCAAGAUCCUGGCCGACUGGUGGGCCGUCCUGGACCCCAAAGAGAAGCAGAAGUACACGGACAUGGCGAAGGAGUAUAAGGACGCGUUCAUGAAGGCCAACCCAGGGUACAAGUGGUGCCCCCCAUCCAACAAGUCCGUGAAGACCCCUUCCCCCGGCGCCAACUCCCGCAAGAAGGCGUGGCCGUUCUCCUCCGAGCCGCCCAGGGACUGCGCCGCUUCCAAAAAGCCGGCCAAGGCGGAGAGCGUCCCGCAGAUCAACUUCUCCAUGGCGGAUCCUACUAAAAUGGGAGGACUGAGCAUGCUGCUGCUAGCGGGGGAGCAUGCCCUAACAGCCCGCGAGAUCGCCUCAAAAAAGUCUCCUUCGGUUGCGGACUCGGCCAAGCAGACUGGGACGUCAGACUUAGGCCAGCUUGUUGAGGUCUCCUCCGGUACCCCACAGCCCACCACGGCGGACACGGCCACCGAGGGGAAGGUCUCGCAGGCGGACCUGUCUGAGAUCUGUCCCUCACCUGGAACGUCCCGGCUGGGGGCGACUGACCCAACGAAGCCCUGCAUCGAUCCUCCUGUGCCUCGCCCACCCGAGGUAUCCAGCUGCUCCCAGGCAACUGUAGCUGAAGGUAGGCUCAGUGGACCGACUGCUCUGCUCCAGCUGGCUGAGAUGUGUCUGGCAUCUGAGGCGAAGAAGACUGUGACCUCAGCACCGCGACCGUGGGGUCAGUCCCCCACUGCCGCCUCUACAGGCAUCGCCACGGAGACGGUCGCCGGGGAGCAGGCCAGUGACGCUCAGGGAGCCCCUCUGUCCUCCCCCUGCGUCUCUUCCUGUCCUUCCUCUCUCUCCGCCUCUUCCACCCCCACAAACGACACGCCCCCCGUCCUCGGCCAGCCCCAGACCCCGAAGAAGAAGAAAAAGAAAAAGAAGAGGGAAGGGCGUGAGGCCGCUGAGGGCGGGGCCAGCGAAGGCGUGGUCAGGAGCGCGUGCGGACCCCCCGCCAAACCCUGCAAGAGGAGCCCGUCUUCGGAGUCGGACCUGGAGAGCCUCAUCGACACCAUCGACGCUGUAGCCAAGGGGUCCUGGGGUGCAGAGGACGACGGGGAGGAGGUGCCCCGGAAGAAACCCCGCCCACUCUCAGACCCAGGCUUCCCAAAGAGGAAGUCGAGGCCUAAUGCAAGGAAGUCCAUCAAGGCACAAGAGGAGGAGGAGGCAGAGGAGGAGGAGGAGGAGGAGGACCACAAGCCCGUGGAGGCGUGCGUGCCCAUAGCCUUUCCUGGGUCUGAUAGAGAGGGGGAGGUGCCUAGCGUGAAGGCAGAGCCCUUAGCCAGCGCAGAGGAGACCCUGGCCCCGCCCAGCCCCUUAGCCACACCCAUAAAGGACGAGGAUAAGGUGGCAGCCAAGUUGGAGAGCUUUGGCUCCAGGAAGUCUGAGAGGGCCUGUAAAGGGGCCCUGUACAAGACCCUGGUGUCUGAGGGAAUGCUCACAUCACUGAGAGCCAAUGUGGACAGAGGGAGAAGAGCCUCUGGUCGAGGGAACGUCUCAGACUUGGAGGGCAGUUGGGCUGAGGAGAGCUGGACGUUCGCUCAGUCCGGCGCCAGCAGCACCAAGAAGCUGAAGAAACUGAAAUCGAAAGAUGAGUCUGCUCCUGGUCUAGGGAGGCUGGAGGAGGAGUUUGAGAAGAAGUUCAACAGCCUGCCGCAGUACAGCCCCCUGACCUUUGACAGGAAGAGCACCUGCGUCACUAAGAAGAAGAAAAGCUGUGGGAACAGGGCUGAGGAUCCGCCCAAACCCGUCAGAGGUUCUCCAUCUCAGAAAAAGAAUUUGUUCCACAAGAUUGUUGGCAAGUAUAAGCACAGAAAGGAACAGCCCACUACCAUGGAUAAAGCCAUAGCGGCGCAGGCCCUGACCACCCCGCUCGCGGCCCAGGGGGCCGCACACGGGGGGCCCUGUGCCGCGCUGUACCCCGAGGGCCUGGGCGGGGCCGAGACGCUGGUGGGCAGCCAGAAGAGGAAGGCCAGGAAGAGGAAGAUCACCCACCUGGUGCGGGCGGCUGACGGCAGGCUGUCCCCGGCAGAGGGAAACCGAGCCGGAGAGCCACAGGAUCAGGAGGAAAAGCCAUCAACCCAAACGACUUUAUGCAACAACGCCCGAUCAGGACCACAGGAGGCGUGCGCUGCCCCCGCGGACACCGCGGACCGGCCCGGCGUGUCCGGCCUCCCUGCGUUUUUCAGUCUGGCGGCUCUGGCGGAGGUGGCAGCCAUGGAGAACGUGCAAAGAGCCCAGCACACUGCCAGACUGCCGGCGGAGGGCCAGUCCAAGGAAAUGGUGCAGAACCAUGUCCUGAUCUCCUGUGGCGACCAGUAAGAACUCACCGUUAGGACAAACAGACACUGCGCCCUUCUCUUCUCCUGACCCCCCCCCCCCCCCUCCCCCUCCUCCCUGCACUGGGCCAGGGGGGGUGGAAAGUGAAAUGGGCGGGAGCUCUGAGUGAGCCGGGGGGCGGGGGGGGCUGUAGGUUGGCUCUCUCCAAAGCUUUCCCCUGGAGAGGGAGCCCCGCCCCAUCCAAGACUUCCAUCAGGUGGCUGUGAUGGGUAGCAUUGCUCAAAGGAGGGCUUCUGGCUUUGCACACAAGAAGUGCAUGUGAAGGACCUCUGUGUGCUCAGUGUAUCCUGCCCAUAUGGACAUUCUUUUAAUUCAGUGUUGCCUGAUCGCCUCUGUGAGACCUUGGUUGCUCUUGUCAAACGCUCUUUGGAUAAGCCCCACUUAUCCACACUUCCCUUAACCAGAUUGGCACAAUAACGGUUCGUUUCCAUCAAGACCUCAAAAUGGCUUCCAAAUGUUACCUCUAGCUCUGCUUCUUAGGCCAUUACUCUAACUGAUUCAGUGUCUUAGGUGCUUGAGGUGUAGUGAACUGCAGAAACAAAAUCAUUCACACCAGUUUCUACAAACUCAACCACUGACAAUGACAUCUACAAGCCCAAGUGACCAAGUCAAACUUUGUUUCAUUUGAUUUACAUCAUUGCAUUUAAAAAAAAGAUUGUUUAAUCCGACGAGAGUAUACGCAUGAUUUUAAUUGGGCGCUCAUGCUCAUUUUACCACAAGGCAGUGAUGUUUGUACACAUGCUAAAUUUGCCACAAUCACAACAAAUAACCCUGAUGAUGUAAGGUGCACCUUUUCCCCACAUUGCAACUUGAAAUUAAAGCCAGAAUAUUCUUAUGCAAUACACAGCAUGCAGUUCAGAUUUCACUAAAUGCUUUAAUAGGCCUAACAGUGACAAAAUCUAGUGUUAAUAUUAUAUAUUGCCAGAGCAAAACCAGAACCCACCCAACAUGUGAGAUUCACAUAAUUUAUAUCUUUAUCUUUUUUUUUACAGAUCAGCAUAUUUAGUCUGUGGACAGUUUGACAAACGACGAUUCAAAGCAGAAUUUAGAUAAAAUUGAUUUUUGUCACACUUUUUUUAGGUUGAAAAGGCUGUUUUGUUUAAAAGGAUUUGCAAGGAAAUAUUUUUCAUUUUCAUAUUAUUACUAAUUAUGUUUUUACUGAAUGUUUCCACUUAAAUUUUAGAAAUUAAGUAACAAAAUUCUGUUAGAUUCUAGAAAGCUGGAAGCUUAGAUUAUCAAAUGCUGAGCGAUUACUGCUUUAUAGUUGUUAGUUAUUUCAAUUACAGCACAGUCUAAUGACUGGAAAUACCCAGACGUGGGUUCCAUUCCACGUUGUGUACAAAUGUGUAUGUUUUGCUUUAGGAGUUUUAUUGUGAGUGAGAGUGCUGGUUUUUGCUGUGAGAUGUUGUAUCACAGUACCUGCUCAUUUUUGGAGGUGAAGUUCAUUGUCUGGUUAUACCACUUUUCAGGAUUCCAUUUAGAGUUUUUAUAUUUUAAAUAUUUGCAAGCGUAUGAUCCAUGUGGUUUAUUAUUAGGCCACACAUCUAAGCUGCAAAGGUUGUCUUUGAAAUAGGACAUAACGUUUGACCAGAUAAAUUAGAGUGCAUUACUGUGUCCCAAACCUGCUCGUUCUCCACUGCUGGGAACAUAUGCAGUUCUUCACAGACAGUUACAAAUGGUUCAUUAGCUAACCAUAGCGUUCUGUGCUCCUCUGGAGAAUCCACAGCAUUGGACGUUGUUAGUUCACUGCAGCAAAAUAGUAUGCAAUGCUAUGCACCAUAGCUGGCGGAUGGAGAGAGAAAUACCAGUGAAAUGUGACUAGCUCCUUUAGCAUCCCAGUCAUGCCGUACUAGUCAGCACAAGUCAGAUGUGUUUUUUUUUAUAUGUUUGUUUUUUAAACUCCUCAGCCAUUGAAGGGUAAGUUCAGCUUAAUGUGAUUUUUUCUGUGUUAUCAAAGCAUCCAAUGAAAGACCAAAACCUAAAAUGUUUCUGGCUCUCAGUACUGUCUGACAUAGUCUUACCCCAUUUAGCGCUCAAUCAGGAAGCCAUUCAUUCAAGAUGUGCGCUAAAAUCCUUAACUGCAGCUCCGAAAGACAGUUUCUUUUUCAGAAAACAAUCUAUGGACAGUGUAGUUCCAUACAGCCAUCCGUUAUCUAUACCCUCUUAUUUCUGGGCAGGGUCGCUGACUUUUUCAGUAUUUUUAUGCUGCACCAAACUACUUUCCACACGUCAAAAAUGCAGUCGUUGUCCAUUCGUUAAGUUUCAGUAAAAACUACAAUGGCCAGGUUCAAUGAACAGUACUUGCUGGUUGGUUUGGAUCUUUUCAUAGGAUAUGGGAAAAAUAAAAUUAUGCCAGACUUAUCUUUUGAUCCACUGGCUGACGACAGACAUUCCCCCGUAAGGUUUUAUAGUGUCAUAGAUUAGUGGAGCUGUUUGAGAAGCCUUACUGAAGUCCUCACUUCAUUUCCCAUUCUUUUUUUUAUAAGUGUGUCUUUGAUAGUUUUAUUUUAUUUUAUUGUAUUAUUAUUAUUUUUUUUUUUUUGGAUCUCCAGUCAACAUAUACUGUAUUUUCCUCCCAUGAAGUUUUCUGUGAGUUUUAUCAAUGGUACCUUUUUCAUGCAGAUAAUUAAUAAUUGUGUGUGCUAGUUUAGGACCAUUGUUUUUUUUUUUUACAUUUAUAUUCUUGACCUUAAAAGCUUUUUCCCUUUGUACCCAGUUUACAGGAUUAUUAUGACUGUUCUCAAAGAAAAACUCAGAGCAAAAUACAAAAAAAGACGGAAAGCCUAUGGUAACCUGAUCAGCAACAGGAAACUGACAAGGGCUGCAGUGAUUUGAGAGCAGUGGUUACUGACUCAUUCCUGACUCAAGCGAAUAUAUUAAAUUCCUGAAGCAGUUGCAUUGCUGUCUCCAGCCAUUGCUUGUUAAGAAUUGUGGAAAAUAACAGAGCACAGUCUCUUCUAUGUGCCACCUUCAGAUUAGUGCAGUUGAAGCCAUAUCGGACUCCAGGUACUAGAGUGCAAUACAAUGGAAGGAAUUCAUUUUUUUAUAUCUGUUCUCCUUUUUCAGAGAGCGGAACUAAAUACUGUGGUAAUUACUUUAUGGUAUUUUGCAGGGGUACUGUCGUGAGCCAUAAGGUAAAGUUUUACUUGAUCUACUUCUAUUCAAUUUUGCAGGUUUGGUAUAAAUCAGGAUUAUAAUACGAAACCAUUUAGAGCCAGUUUACGUUAUGAAGGUACAGGACAAACAGAAUAUAUUUUCUAAAAGCAGAAAUAAAGGAGACAUAUUUAUAGGUAUCAAAUAAUAUUCCACAAAGUACUUCCACUUCUGGUUAUUCUUGCACAAUGCUUAUGCUUCAUGUUUUAACCGUCAUUCAGCUGGAUUUGCAAAAAAAGAAUUUAUCAAAAUUAUAAUUAUUACUAAAUAAUUACUAAUACUUCAAAAAAAAAGGCUAAUUGAGACUUUUGCAUCAAAAUGCCAAAUGUUUGCCAUGAAACUAAACAAAAUAUAUUUUUGUUUAUGUCUUCCCAAAAAUCAUCUCCUUAAUUAAUUCCUGCAUUUAGUUAAGAUUUUUCCCUGAGAUCUAGCUCUAAUCACAACUGUAGACUGACAUUAGUCUUUGAAAGAGUUUGUACUGAUACUAUGAACACCCUUCAUGAUGCAUUCUUCUUUUCAGACAUUUGCCAAAGAGAAGGGAACAGUGUCUUUAAAUGGAAGUCUAUUAAGAAAAUAUUUAGAUUAGCCUUUGCACUGAAAUUUGUAGUCACAAUGGUCUUCAGGUAAAUGUAUAUACAUUACAUGGCCAAAAGUAUGUGGACACCUGACAUCCAACAUCUCAUCUAAAAUGAUGUGCAUUCAUAUAGAGUCCACCCUUUGCUGCAGCCUCCACUCUCCUGGGAAGGCUUUACACUAGAUGUUGGAGCAUUGCUGCAGGGAUUUGCUUGUAGUCUGCCUUCAACAUUGAUUGGGUCUGGCUCGCAGUUGGCUUUCCAAUUUGGCUUACCCAAAGGUGUUGGAUGGGGUUGAGGUCAGGGCUCUGUGCAGGCCAGUCAAGUUCUUCCACACUGAUCUCGACAAACCAUUCCUAUAUGGACCUCACUGUGUGCAUGGGGGCAUUGUCAUGCUGAAACAGGGAGGGCCUUCCCCAGACUGUUGCCACAAAGUUGGAAGCACAGAAUCGUCUACAAUGUCAUUGUGUUAACAUUUGCCUUCACUGAAACUAAGGGGCCUAGCCCAAACCAUGAAAAACCCCAGACCAAGGGGUGUCCAGAUACUUUUGGUCAUAUAGUAUAUUUAUAACUCAGUUCCUAAUAAUAUUCCUGAGAAUGCUCCUCUGUCCUAACCUGGUUGUAGGAACAGUUUAGAAAUAAAUGUCAUCAUGUUUUAGAAGACACCCAUUUUAGAAGAUGAAUUUUGCACCUUAAACUCUAAACCAAAUGAAUUCCUCUGACUGUGCUUCAGAAUUUAUGUUCUCCACAUUGCUCUUUUUGAUGAUUUAUGGUGUUCUGGAGCCACUGAGAUAAAUUCUUCAGCCAUAUUAAAAGAAAACAGAAUAAAUGAUCAGCACUUGGUUUCUCUUGUCUGUAAGUAUGAGUGAAAGUGUUUUAGGCAAAUCUUAACAUUCUGGCAUGAAGUGUUUAGGGGAAAACUUAGCCCAGUUGGCACAUUUAGAAUCCCAAUAUGAAAUCUUCCACUUUUUUACUUAGAAGAUGCCUGUAUAGAAAUGCGUUAUAUUAAUUAUGUAAUUAUUGAUAUUGCCCCUUUGUUCUAGUACUGUAUCUUGAAUGUAAUGGAUUUUGUACCUGUAUUUUUCUAUUUCCUUGGCACUCAGAUUUUUCUGAUAUGUGAUGGAAUUCUGCAGAGAUUUACAUUGCUUAUUUAGUAGUUUGUUCUGACCUACAGUCAGAACAACAGUGUAGACAUUUCUUUGAGGAAUAUGUUUUUUUUUUCUUCAUUCAUGUGAGUUAUGCAUAACAGUAUGUUAAACUGGUAUAUGAGAGUUUUAUUUCUAAAAUUAUAUUAGCCAGACUUUGCUGUAGGAUGCGACCAAAACUGGUGUGUUCUUGAAAAGCAAAGAUGUUUCAGAGAUGUUUGAAAUUACAUAAACAAAUGCCAAACCCUAUGUACUUUGUAUAUUUAUUUCAAUUAUAUUUUUAUUGGUUGUUUAUCUAAAUAGAACUUAAUAAAGAAUAGAUGUGCAA